AUGAAUCUUCCAGACUUGCAGCUGAAGAAGAGAAAGAACUUUGCUUCCGAAGCGAAACGUCAUUUGCUUCUUGCUCCAAAUAUUGAUCACAUUGCCAAAAACAAAGAAAACAUCUUACGUUUAUCAACAAAUGUACGCAAUCUAGCGCUCCUUACUUGGCGUCUGCGAAAAACUCAAAGAGUGAAUAAUAAUAAAGCUGUGAUGAACGAGCGUGUACUCGAUAUAAGUGAAUUCACGAGACAGAAAGGCUUUGUUUCAUCAUCGAGUGAUGACGAAGAACCUUUGAAAUCUCUCAAGGCACCCACUCUGAACUCAAAUCUCUCUCGCAUAUUUGGAAAUGAAACGAAACAAAAAGCGGAACCUGUCGCCAAAGAGAGGGCAAACGUUUCAAUAUACUCAACGGCAGUUAACCUUUUCGUUUUGGAAGGAAACGCUUAUAGUCACAAAGGAAAAUGUGGAGUAGCCUUGAUGAAGUCGUCUGAUGCUAUUUUUCUCAUAAUUUAUAACGCUGCUAAAGAGAAACUGGCUAACUUCUUGCUUAAUGCAGAAAACAUUUCCCUUUCAAGCAAAGACUCGUACCUGAACAUCACCUCAUCCAAUUUUUCUUGUUCAAUGCUCUUCCAGACCGCAACUUCGCUUCAAAAUAUUUGUGCUUUUAUAGUAAUGUACUCCAAAAUCAAAAGCAUUGUUGUUGAAGAAGGAACUGGGGACGAUUGUCCUUCCAAUGCUUACGUCAACUACAGCUUCCGGAAAGUUUCCUUGGAGGAUUCUGGACAAUAUCAGAUAGAUAAAGAGGAAACUGACGAGUCUUCACGCGUGGAAACAACAGAUGAGAAGAGAGAAAAAACAACAGAUGACUUGGCAAGACACUGUGUCGGCUUAAGCAUAGGAGCUGUUAUCAUUUUUUCGUUGACCGAAACUGUUUCUGUUAUCCUCAAGCUUACUCAGUGGAAAUCAGACGAUGUUUUAGUUAAGACAGAAGAGAGUUCAAGUGCCAACAACACGAAUAUUCUACCUGACAUGGAUAUAGGACCCCUCGAGACGACCGAAAGUAACGAAGACGACUCUUCGUUGCAAAAACGAAUGGCUAAACUAGGCAUCUCAAUUCUUCAACCUGAGCUAACUGCUCAUUAUAAGAACCUUCAGAGCGGGGCUUUACACCCGUCCAAACUUGAUAAGAAAAAUGAACCAUCAGAAAGCUCGAUAGAUCAUGAUCAAGCCUCUGGCAACUGGAAGUGCUCAACAGUGGAGGACUAUUCAAAUAUUCAUCGAGUCGUGGGCAUUGAGAUGGAUAGAUUAGAAUUCCGAUUACAAUCGUUCAUGCGAGGUCUAGUUGAUAGAUCAUUAGAACCUAUCAAAAACGACAUCGACGUCAUCAAAGCGCAGCAGCUCGAGCUUUCUUCUCAACUCCAGAAGAUAAUAGAAGCUUUAAAAUUUUAG